GACUGAGUGGGCGUAUUUAAGCCCCUGGCGCGAGAUCCGCAGAGAAGAGAAUAGGUAGUAACAGCAGCGUGUUCUCUUUCACCCACGGUGUCUUGAAAGAAAAUGAGUCUCAGUGGAAACCUAAAACGGAGCCACCAGAAGUCUAAUGAGAAUAUAAAGAGCUUUUUUACACCAUCUCAAAAAGCAAUGGGACCCCCCAGGCAAACCCUGCAGAUUCUCCAACCCUCGGCUGUCGGCAAAGAUUUGGGGAGGUCAGCUCAGGCAGGGAAGGUUAUUCCCAAACGAAAACAGUGGAGCGCAGAACAAACUAGAGGUCCAAAGAGGGUGAAGGUAGAAGUCAAAUCCACACAAACUGAAGAAACUCAGUGUUUGACAGAUGGCAUGUCCAAUGAAGCAUAUGAACUUAUGGUCAAAGAAACACCUCCUUCCACCUACUGGAAAGAGGUAGCCGAGGAGCGACGGAAGGCCUUGUACAAUGUUCUACAGGAGAACGAGAAGUUACACAGAGACAUCGAGGUCAAGGAUGAACAGAUAACAAAACUUAAGAGCGAGAACGAAGAGCUGCAAGAGCUGGCGCAGCACGUACAGUACAUGGCCGAUAUGAUUGAGAGGCUGACUGGGAAGUGCCCAGAUAGCCUUGAGGAAUUGAAGGACAUUGCCCUUGAUGUGGAUGAGGAUGACCAUGACGAAGAACACAGUGAAGUGGCAGGUCAGAGUGAUGCAGAAGAUUCUGAUUACAGUCAGAGUGAUGCAGAGGAAGAGGAAACCUCAGACCAUGAACAAGUAGGAACCUCAGGAGAGCAGGAUUAACUGACACAACUCAUGCAUAUCAUGGGACUUAUACAGGUCAGCAGAUUUUCUCCAAGUGACCAUCCUUUUGAAGAAUGUGGCUUCAGAAUUUUUGUGUUCAGAUGGCAUCAUUCUUGAAGUGUUAAAUUUUAAGCCAUGAACAGACAGGAACUGAUUUUUAUUCUUUUUAAAUUAUCAAUGAUUUUGCUAAACCUGUCCAUUCUUGGUAAAGAGAAAAGUGUUAAACUAAGCCAAUAUAGCCGUCUUUUUCCACAAAAGACAUUUUGUCAUGUUGGUAGGAAAAGCACAGGUGUAAUGUAUGGAGUGACAUAAGUUGCCAACACUGAAAACAGGAUGAUUAUAACACCUUAUGAUUUGCUUGCUAUUUUGCCGCAGCAAACUUUUGUCUACCGUGAAAAGGCCUAUUGAAGCAGUUGGCAUACUUAAAACACAGCCUUUAAGUGUUUUUGGUUUACGCUGUAAAAAUUGUGCAAUGUUAUGGCAUAGCUGUGUACAUAAAGACUGUAAAAUAAACACUUUUUAA